CUAGUUGAAGAAGACAGAAGAGUGAAGAUUUCUAUCCUUAUCAGCUUAUCAGUGUCUUAUCUGUAACACCAAAUGCUGAUAAGUUGUCUGCUUUUUCCUGUUCAAGUACAAGGAGUUUUCAGUGGAAAAUAACUACAUUUAUUUGCAAUUGGAAACUGAUCCAGGUUUUUUGUAUGUACCCUCGAAAUGUGACUUGAUCAAUCACUUAACACAAUCUACUUGUUGAUUCUGAUACAUAUUUUGCAAAUUUGUUAUCUGCCCAGGUUUGGUCAUUCAUUCAGCCAAAAUGAGUGGAAAGUUUAGAUUUGCAAUUGAUCGAGGAGGGACCUUCACCGAUAUCUAUGCUGAGUGUCCUAAUGGAGAAGUGAGGGUGAUGAAGUUAUUGUCCGUUGACCCAUCAAAUUAUCCUGAUGCUCCCAGAGAAGGAAUCCGUAGAAUUCUAGAGAAGGAAACAGGACAAAAGAUGCCCCAGGAUCAACCAAUUGAUGGGUCACAAAUUGAGUGGAUCCGAAUGGGCACAACUGUUGCAACAAACGCUUUGCUUGAGAGGAAAGGAGACAGAAUGGCUCUCGUCAUCACCAAAGGCUUUAAAGAUUUGCUUUACAUCGGGAAUCAGGCUAGACCAAAAAUAUUUGAUUUGAAAAUAACAACACCAGGUGUGCUGUAUGAGGAAGUGGUGGAAGUUGAUGCUCGAGUAGUGCCUUGUAUGGAAGGACAGUGUCAACUACCCAAUGAAUUUUGGAGAGGUUCUGAAAUUGGCACAACAGGUGAAAUGUUGCAUGUUUGGAAGACUAUCGACAAGGAGAAAGUGCGGCAGGACCUGGAGAAGGUUAAACAAAAGGGCAUCAACAGCAUAGCGGUUGUUUUAAUGCAUUCUUACAUGUAUGCAAACGAUGAGUUGGAGGUAGGCGAAAUAGCCAAAUCUCUGGGAAUCACCCAAGUUUCAUUGUCGCAUGAAGUAAUGCCAAUGUUGCGUAUUGUCUCUCGUGGUUUCACAGCUUGUGCUGAUGCUUACCUCACACCAUGUAUUCAAAAAUAUGUACAAGGCUUUGCAUCAGGUUUUAAGGACAAUCUGAAGGGAGUUAAUGUUUUAUUCAUGCAAAGUGAUGGCGGUCUUACUCCAAUGGAAUCAUUUUGUGGGAGUCGAGCGAUUUUAUCUGGCCCAGCAGGUGGAGUUGUUGGUUAUGCAGUAACAACCAGUACUACCCAACCUAUAAUAGGCUUUGACAUGGGCGGAACUUCGACGGAUGUCAGUCGUUUUGCUGGGUCGUAUGAUCAUGUCUUUGAAACCACCACAGCAGGAAUCACGAUCCAAGCGCCACAGCUAGAUGUUAACACGGUUGCAGCUGGAGGUGGAUCCAUGUUGUUUUUCCGCUCAGGUAUGUUUGUUGUCGGCCCCGAGAGUGGAGGAGCUCACCCAGGGCCAGCUUGUUACCGCAAAGGCGGUCCACUGACUGUAACAGACGCUAAUCUAAUCCUCAAUCGUUUGCUGCCAGAAUAUUUUCCAAAAAUAUUUGGACCACAAGAGAAUGAAUCCCUGGAUAAAGAAGUAGCUCUCAUGAAGUUUGAGCAGCUCACUAAGGAGAUAAAUGAAUUUUUGGCCUAUCAAAAUCCAUCUGACAACAUUGAAAUGACAGUGGAGGAGGUAGCUUUGGGAUUCAUCCGGGUAGCUAAUGAAACAAUGUGUCGUCCAAUUCGAGCUUUAACCCAAGCAAAAGGCUAUGAUACGAGAGAUCAUGUGCUGGCUUGCUUUGGUGGUGCAGGUGCCCAGCAUGCAUGCGCAAUUAGCCGAUCCUUAGGAAUUGGCAAAGUUUUCAUCCAUAAGUAUGCUGGUAUUUUGUCUGCUUAUGGAAUGGCAUGUGCGGACGUUGUGAAAGAACUUCAAGAACCCUGUGCAACUACAUAUAAGCAUGAGAAUUUCAAUUAUCUAAAUGAACGGAUCGAAGUUAUAUCAGCAAUUUGUACAAAGCAGUUGAAACUACAAGGUUUCCAGGAAGAAAACAUUCAAAUUGAGCCAUUCCUUCACAUGCGAUAUCCAGGCACCGACUGUGCUCUCAUGUGCUCUCCGAAACAAACGAGAGGUGGUUUCGUACAUGCAACAACAACUGGAGAUUAUGAAAGCUCCUUUUUAGAAAGGUACAAGAAUGAAUUUGGAUUUACUCUUCCUGAUCGUGAAAUUCUAGUGGACAAUAUCCGAAUCAGAGGAACUGGGAAAGCUAGCCUAUCAUCCAGCAAAAGUCACUCUGCUUCAUCCGUCGGAGAUAGUCUUCCGAUCGAAAAAGAAGUGGAUGUUUGUUUUGAUACUCUUGGUUUUGCAAAAAGCAAAGUUUAUUUAUUAGAGAAGUUACCCCCUGGCUCUGUGGUUGAUGGACCUGCAAUUAUUAUGGACAAGCUCAGCACAAUUCUCGUCGAGCCAGAAUGUUCUGCCACAAUCACUGAAGCAGGAGACAUAGAAAUUUUGGUGUCAUCCUCAGUCAAGCAAGAUAUCGGCAUUCAACUGGACACUAUUCAAUUGAGUAUAUUCUCUCAUCGUUUUAUGAGCAUUGCAGAACAAAUGGGAAGAAUACUUCAGAGAACUUCAAUUUCGACAAAUAUCAAGGAAAGACUGGAUUUUUCGUGUGCACUAUUUGGACCUGACGGUGGUCUUGUCUCUAAUGCACCCCAUAUCCCUGUACAUCUAGGUGCCAUGCAAGAAACGGUUCAGUAUCAGAUCAAAACUCUUGGAGAUGAGAUUCAACAAGGAGAUGUGCUGUUAUCAAACCAUCCAAAAGCUGGUGGAUCUCACUUGCCGGAUUUAACUGUCAUUACUCCAGUUUUUUAUCGGAAUGGACCUCGUCCUGUGUUUUUCGUCGCAAGUCGUGGUCAUCAUGCAGAUAUCGGUGGUAUCACACCAGGGUCAAUGCCGCCCCAUUCCAAAACUUUAUCUGAAGAAGGUGCAACCUUCAAAAAUUUCUUCCUUGUUAAAAGAGGGGUUUUUCAAGAGACUGAAUUAAUCGAAGCUCUCAUGGCCCCGUCCAAGAUUCCUAAUUCCUCAGGAACGCGGAACUUAAGUGAUAAUCUGUCUGAUCUGAAAGCUCAGAUUGCAGCUAACCAGAGAGGAAUUUUACUGGUCCAAGAACUCAUUGAUAUUUAUAGUCUACGAGUUGUACAAGCGUACAUGGCUCAUAUUCAGAACAACUCAAAAAUUGCAGUGCGAAAUAUGUUGCGUGAAAUUGGAAAAACUACUUUACAGAACACAGGGAAAUCCACCCUUCAAGCAGUGGAUUACCUCGAUGAUGGAUCACCUAUCCGAUUACGCAUUGAUAUUGAUAUUGAUGAUGGGAGUGCUGUUUGUGAUUUCAGUGGAACUGGUUACGAAGUCUGGGGUAAUUGCAAUGCCCCAAAAGCUAUCACUUUAUCUGCGCUAAUUUACUGUCUUCGAUGCAUGGUUGGUCAUGAUGUGCCUCUGAAUCAGGGAUGUUUAAAACCGAUAACAGUGAUAAUUCCCCCUGGAAGUCUUCUGGAUCCCUCAGAUGACGCGGCAGUUGUAGGUGGGAAUGUGCUCACUUCUCAAAGAAUCACUGAUGUCGUGUUCAAAGCAUUUGGCACUGUUGCAGCUUCACAGGGAUGCAUGAAUAAUGUCACUUUCGGCCAGUCGUCCUGGGGCUACUACGAGACCAUUGCAGGAGGUGCAGGAGCGGGUCCGUCUUGGAAUGGAAGGAGUGGUGUCCAUACUCACAUGACAAACACCAGAAUAACUGAUCCUGAAGUUUUAGAAAAGCGUUACCCUGUUAUUCUGAAACAAUUUAGCCUCAGAAAAAAUUCAGGCGGGGACGGCAACUUCAAAGGCGGAGAUGGGGUCAUUCGAGAAUUACUAUUUCGUGCAGACAUUGAUUUAUCACUUCUAACAGAGAGAAGAGUUUUCCAGCCAUACGGUCUCAAAGGAGGCUUACCAGGGAAAAAAGGGAAAAAUCUGAUGGUCAAAGCAGAUGGGCGGAUUAUCAGCUUGAGCUCAAAAACAGCCAUCUUGUGUCAGCCAGGGGACACUUUGCUGCUCAAGACGCCGGGUGGAGGCGGUUACGGACUGCCAAAGGAUACAGCCGGAAAUGAUUCUACAGAUUUUCAAGGCUCAGGUGAACCACCAACCUUUAUCGAAAGAGGGAGCGUUUUUGAUUAUUCACAACGUCAGGAGUCAGUUUAGGAUAUUAUUGAUUUUUCUGGUUAAUUUUCCAAGCUGGUUAAAAAAUUCAAAGAAUUGCAUGCAUGUAUUACUUCAGUAACAACUUCAUUAGUUGUGAGAGAUGAUUCGUCAGAGAAGUGAUAACCUUAUAACAAAGAACAAAUAAAAGUAUACUUUUUUAAUUGUUAAACAUUUUUCUUAGUUUUCGGAGUUCAAAAUGAAUGUUCGGAAGUUCAUGUGGAUUUUAGCAAUGGUUUUCUUUUCUGUUUUUUAAAAUUUCAGUCUUAAUAACUUGCUUCUUUAAAAUAACUUAUUGCCUAAAACAACUUGCUUUAAUCAGAGGUGUCCUUCUGACGCACAUAAUUGGAUCGAGUGUCCAGGUUUUAGUUUAAUAUUCUCAGGGACCUGAAAAUCAAUUUUUGCUCUGUUGAUCAAACAUUUUUCCCCGCAUAUGUAUUUUGUUUGCCUUGAAGUUGGGAAUCUCACAGAUAAAGUCUGGAAGUUAUCAGAAUUAACCAAAUUCUGGACUAGGAUUAAUACAUUUUAACUUUUAUUUCGUUUCAAAUGGAAGAAAAUUUUAAUCCUGAUUUUAGAUAAAUGUGUCUGAAAACUUGAGUUAUUUAUUUUUAACUGAGAGACGUUAUUUCGUACAGUUAUGUUUUUGUUGAUUUUUGUGCGUUUUUGAAGUGUUACUUUUUGUAAAAUGUUACUGUUAUUUAAUAAAUGUUAUACCCAAGUUUUUA